CUCUAUAGUUUCAUAAUCAAAUAAGAAAAUUCUGACGUUUACGUUUAAAGUGGCGAAAGGUGACUGCGUGGAGCUUACUUUCAUUCAGCACUUUUCAAAAUGAAUAUUCCUAUAUCACAAGAAAAUAUUUCUAAAGCGGAAGAUAUAGCUGAUCAAGUCAUCAGAAAGUUGAAACAUGUUCUCCCAACUGCAGCUCGAUUAUGUCUCAUAGCCACCUUUUUGGAAGAUGGAAUAAGAAUGUGGGUACAAUGGUCAGAACAAAGGGAAUAUAUGAAUAUGUCAUGGGGUUGUGGGUUCUUUCUAGCAACUGUAUUUGUAUUGGUCAACCUUAUUGGACAAUUAGGUGGAUGUGCUAUGGUUAUUUUUCGAUUCAAAGUAACCAUUGCAUGUGGAGUACUAUUUUUCAUAGUUGUCUUGCAAACAAUCGCAUACAGUAUUCUUUGGGAUCUACAAUUUCUUCUGAGAAACUGCGCAUUAAUAGGAGCAUUGCUAUUAGUAUUAGCUGAAAGUAGAGGAGAAGCUAAAAGCCUUUUUGCAGGAGUUCCAUCUCUUGGAGAGAAUAAACCAAAAAAUUAUCUUCAACUCACAGGAAGAAUACUAUUAGCAUUUAUGUUUAUCACUUUAAUUAGAUUUGAGUUCUCCUUUUUGCAAAUUGUUCAAGAUCUUUUAGGUUCUACAUUAAUGGUUUUAGUGACAGUAGGAUAUAAAACUAAAUUGUCAGCUUUGAUCUUGGUUAUUCUUCUGACAACAUUGAAUAUUUACCAUAAUGCUUGGUGGAAUAUUCCUGACUACAAACCUCUGAGGGAUUUCCUCAAAUACGAUUUCUUCCAGACUCUGUCUGUAAUUGGAGGUUUGUUGAUGAUAGUGUACCUUGGUCCUGGUGGAGUUUCUAUGGACGAUUAUAAGAAACGGUGGUGAAAGGACAUCUCUGUUUAUUGCUUGAUAGUGCUGUAUUUGCAUUUUGUGACUGACUUUUCUUAACAAACAUGUACAGAUUCUUUUUUUAUCUAUCAACCUCAGUGUUUCACACCCUGGUAGUGAUCAAAGUUUCUUGUUAAACAACAAGCAGUACUACUGAAAAAUCUACUAUUAUAUUAUUGAAAUGAUUCUUUUUGAAUAUACAUAUGGGAGAGUGAUUGUAAAUAUUUAUACUAAGCUUAAAAUGAUUUAUGAUUGUCUUUUAUUAUUACCUGUGCAAUCGAUGAUUUUCAAGUGGUCAUCGAUUACUGGCUCAAAUUAAAGUUUUGUUACAGAUUGUAAAUGGUUGAGUUGUAAAUUAAUAUAAUAUUUUUACAUAUCA